GUAUGUUAUAAAGGUGACGGCACUUGGUCGCCCCCUCGCGCGGACCUGACAAAUUACACAAUAGUUUGUAGUUUCACUUUUCCUCCAUGGCUUGAAAAGGGUGACGGUCUUUGAAAGAGUAUAGCGAGAAAACGCUGCGAAACCUUUGUAAGAUGGCAGAGCCGGGAAAGACUGUGAGGGUGAGUGGUCUGCCCACAGACAUUGAGGAUGACAGACUGAAAGACAAGCUAUUUAUCCACUUCCUGAGAGCCAAGAAUGGAGGAGGGGAAAUAUCCUCUGUCACCUUUGUCAAGGCAACGCCCAUCUCUGCCCUCAUCACCUUCGAGGACAGUGGAGUGGCACAGAGAGUUAUUCAGCACAGCCGGCACAUUCUGGAAGUGGAUGGAAAGAAAUAUAAAGUCAAUGUAACUGAGCACCGUGAAAGCCUGGAACCAGACGAGGUCAUCUUAGGUUUAUCAGCAACUGUCGACUACAGCCAGCUUCCUGGGGGGAAAAUGGCAUUGAUAAGCCUUCAUAAGAGCCACCCUGAUAUCCAGAUAAAGGACGGUGCUACUGAGGCAUUAUGCAUAUUGCAUGGUGCCUAUUCCAAAGUCCAGGCUGCCUUGGCACAACUACUUGGCCAUCCUGGAGGACCACAAUUAGCAGAAAACAAAGACUCAGGUCAAUCUGCCACCAGUGGCUCCAGGUCUGUUCAGAUAGCACAUAAACCUCAUACUCAGGAGUCAGAAGAUCAGAGCAGGAAACCUAAUAAGCAAAGAGAACAAAUAGAGAAGGUUCACAUUGGCAGGCCUUCUGAUGAGAACAACUCAGGCUCACAUAGAGACCUGACACCUGGUGGUAAUGGCUGGGAAGAUACUGGCCAGACAGAGGGUGCAGCUCUGCAGCUUCCUGAGCAUCCUACCACGUCAGAGGAGGACUUCUCACUAAUUGUGGAUGCAGACAUGUUCCAGUAUCUGCAGAGACACUGCAGACAGGAAUACCAGCAUAUCCUUAGACAGUACAGUGUUGAUGUGGUGGAUAUGACAAAUCAGGGGUUGACUACUCUGUUUUUGCAGGUUGCAACUGGAGUGGGGGGGGAUGGUCGAGAUAAGGAGUGCCUGAAGUUGGCAAGAAAGGCAAUAAGUAGGCUUUACCAAGAGAAUGAGACCAAGAUUCGCCGAGCCCAGCUCCUUAAGAGUAUCCUGUCCCCCAGGGGGGGACUGCAAAGAGCGUUGGAGAACUUACAUGUCAGAUAUCCCAAGCUUCUUCUGAAUGAAGAUGAACGAUAUAUUUACAUUAUUGGGAGCAGUAGUGACGUGUCUGAGGCCAAGCACUUUCUUCUCCUGGACCAUAGUGAAGUGAGGAGUAAAAAAGAGGAUGUAGCCAGUCUUACAUUUCCUUCAUAUGAUUCAGGUUCAUCAACUCAUGCUGAUGAGCAGAGAGUCUCCCUCACCAUGUCCUCCUCUGUAGAUUAUCUGGAUGAUGGGAUAGAUCAUCUGCUGAGGUCAGAGGAGGAAGAGAGGAGAGCUGAAGGAGCCAGAAGGUAUAAACUAGCUGCUCGGUUCAAAGAUUCAGGGCUGCCUGCAUUAGGCAGUCGACCAACUGACUUCACCUUACGAGGGCUUUCAUCUCCCAGUAGACAAACACGCCUCGGGCCAAUGUUAGGGCAUGAUGUACUGUCAGAAACAGCAGAGAUUGCUAGUGAAAGAGUCUCCAGAGCAUUAGCCCAAAAUACUGGCGGGGACAUCUUGUUUAAGAGUGGAGAUGCUUUGCCUUCAACUGCCUCUGUGCAGAAUAAAACCUCCUUAAAAUCACAUUUAAGUGAUACUCGACCCAAGAAUGUAACAUCCCCCCUUAGCGCAACUCAGUCCAGUUUUUCAGGAAGUACUCCACUUCCACCUGCUGGGUCUGGAUCCACCUUGAAGCGAGCCAGUAGUUUCUCAGGAACGCCUCAGCAGAAGGCCCAAGUUAUGGGUCAGAAGAGUCAAGAUGACUCCAGCAAGUCCACAGUCAGAGCCAGGGGCAGGUCCUCUAGCUUCAGUAACCAAACAGGGAGAGACAAGCGGGAAGUCUUUAAUGCAGAGAUUACAGUUUCCGCUGUGAUGUGGCAGCACAUUAAAGAAGCCUAUAGCACCCGAGUGGACGACCUGACUUCUGAUGUCCAGAUGAAAGAGAGCCGCUCAGAGGGUAGUAGUGAUCUGACUGUCACCUUAAGAGGGGCAAACUCAUCCAAAGUGAGUUCAUGUCGGCAAGGUUUACAGAAGCUGGUUGAUUCGGUUAGUGUAGACUUUUCUAUGCAGGAGCUGCGCUUGUCAGAGCUGGGUAUCACUGACAGAGCAGAUGAAACCUUACAGGCUUGUUGCGCUGAGGUGCGUAGCCGGUUCAAGAAGGUUACCAUCCAGAUUUUAAAGCAGAGUUUAUUUCUUCUCGGUCCGAAAAAGUUGUGUUCUCAGGUAGGUGUUUCACUGCAGGAGGUAUUUUCCGGAGAUUUAGCCAAAAUACCUGAACAACUGGACUUCUCUAGCCCCUCUACCUCCAAUUGGAAUCCAUCCACAUCCACAAUGAAUGAGGACCAAAGUACUAGUCUGGACUGUUACAGUAAUCCUCACGUGAUGCUGGAGAGCCAAACAAGCAAAGCUGACGGGACUGGUAGUAGUCAGGAAAGGAGAACAAACCAUAGAAGUGACUUCCGUGAGACAGAACUUGUGAAUGGAUCUAUUAUCCAACCUUUAGCAAGGAAAGACCCUGCUAUUGAGGAGAAUGUGAAAAUUGUAGAUACAGUGGAGAUGGAUGGACAGAAGAUGGAGAAGUUUGUCAGCCACUCUAAAACAGGAAAUGAUAGCAGUGCGAGACAUGUGAAUGGUGUCGGGUCAACAACAACCCGUACUGAUAAAGACAUGGAGCUUCAUAAGAAAGAGAGAACCAUACAUUCUACCCAAAAGGACAGUAUACAGCAAAGACAAACAGAGAUCCAAGACACCCCAGUGGAGUCCAGGUCAGGUCUGGGAGGCCUGGGAGGUCUGGGGUGCAUCUGUGUGUGCGGACAGAGUGAGAAGUUGAUGAUGAAAACUAAGUGUGGGGCUUCCAUGUGCUCAAAGUGCCUGGACACUGUACAUGUGCACUGCAAAGUUUGUCAUGAGAGAGAGCCGACACCACGGGGCAUCCAGGGCAGUAUGAACUACUGUAAACUACACAUCAGUGUACCAGGUUACAACAAAGACUCUGCUAUCAAGAUCACUUACUGCAUUUCUGAUGGUAUCCAAGGGGAGGGUCACCCUUCUCCAGGAAAACCAUUUCAAGGAGGGGUGUUUGAAGCCUUCCUUCCUGACUGCGAGAAGACGAGGAAGCUGCUGCCCAGACUGGAGAAAGCCUUCAGGCAGGGACUCACCUUCACAGUGAUGGACAAAGAGACAGGGGCCAGGGUCAUCUGGAACUGUAUCCCACACAAGACCAGCCUACAUGGAGGCAAAUCAGGGAACAGUUACCCAGAUUCCACUUACUUGACUCGCUUGUCUGAGGUCUUGACGUCCCUUGGGAUUUAGGAGCCGCCAGCCAAGUUUUUAAGAAUAAAAGCAAUCUGAAGAGGAGUUCUUAUGCAGUUUUAUAUUUUUUAAAUCCUUUUUGUGGUUAGAGCCUGUUGCACUGUAUUUGUAUGGUGAUUAGUACCAGGUUAUAUUGCUUUUAGUACCAGGUUAUAUUGCAAGUUCAUGAUGUCUCAUGAUGUAUAUAGAAAUUUAAAUAUUUUUCAGAUAAUGAAGUUAUAGCUGUCAUUGCAGCUAUUUUUUUUAAUUCUAUAACCUGCCUCACCGUUGCUUACUUUAAGAGAGAUGAUUCAACCUGUGUGUAAAUAACUAUAACUAAUAUUUCACAAAGCAUUCCUGAACAUUUUCUUACUAUUCCAGCUUUAUUUUGUAAAAAAUCUAAAAUAGUGUGCAUAGUACUGUAUAGUUAUACAUUUUGUAUCAUCCUGUGUUGUUUUAAGGAUCAUCUAGUUUAAAAUCAGGAAGAUAUUUGUAGAAAACUAGGGAGUCAAAUUAAUGACUUUGUAAAAAUCUGUGAUUAAUUCUCUUCACUUCAUUUUCAGAAUGGGCACAGAAAUAAAAAAGCACAUCUGA